ACACGGCCUCAACUAUAUCUGUCAGCUUCUCGCAAUUUCAAACGGAAUCUGGACGCGACAAUGUUUACUUUUAUGAUGGCCAGAACAGCGGUGCUAGACUACUUGCGUUGUUUAGUGGUUUUAAAACAUUUACUGAACCAAUACGAUCGACCGGACGCAGCAUGUAUAUCAGAUUUACGUCGGAUUCAUGGGCUCAGUACAAUGGGUUUAAUGGAAACUACACCAAAAGCUCAUAUCCUCAAGGCUGUAGUAACACUGUUGUAGCACAAGAACAGACUCAGACAACCUUUGGUACGAGCUUUACUAGUGGAAAUCCAUCAACGGUUAAACGGAUCUUCUGCUAUUGGUCUAUCAGUGCACCACCCAACACAAUUUUAUCUUUGAAUUUUGUGUCAGUAUCAACUGAUCCAUCCAGCAAAUCAUUUGUAGCAGUUUAUCAAGGAACGUAUGCCAGCAACACAGCAUUUAAAAAAUACUACGGCACGCAAACACCAGGAGUGAUACGCAUUCAGGGACCUAAUGCGUACAUAGUGUAUCAAUCGGAAGAAGACACACCAAGAACAGGUUUUCUAGCCAAAGUUAACUACUGCCGAUCAUUUUACUACGGCUCUGACCUUUGUAAUGUUCCAUGCGCCUGUGUGCAGGCUAAUUCCUACUCAUGUGACAGUCUUUCUGGUGCAUGCUCGUGUAGACCAGGUUGGACGUCCGCAACGUGUGCAGUUGAUAUAGAUGAAUGCUUAGGAAAACCUUGUUCCUUAACUCAAAAAUGCAUUAACACACCCGGAAGUUACCGUUGUGAGCAUGACUGCAAUACAGAUUUAAAUGGAUCUUUUGGAACUAUCACUACAGUUCAAUAUCCUAGUUACUCCUUGUAUAAUGCUGUGUGCAACUGGGUAAUUAAUGGCAGAGCUAAUGAAGUUGUUACUUUAAGCUUCGGCAAUGGAAAUUUUCAACUCAUUGAAAGCGCUUAUUGCGGUACCGAUUCUUUCAAUAUUUAUAACCUUGAGGCUACGACUGGCAAUCAAAUUGGUAAAUACUGCGGCACGAGAAUUCCUAGCAUCAUCAGAUCAACAACAAAUAAGAUGAUUUUACAGCUCAGGACUUAUUAUUAUGGAUCACGCAAAGGAUUUAGUGGGAUGUAUUUCACACAUGAGUGUAACAAUUUUACUUAUGGCACUACAUGCGAGAAGAGUUGUACUUGCCAACAAAGCAACACCAAAUUUUGUGACAACAUAAAAGGUGUUUGUGUGUGUAACAAUGGCUGGACGGGAGAUAAGUGCGACGAAGACGUUGACGAAUGCCGAGCUGGUAAAUGCCUAGAAAACCAAGUCUGUGUUAAUACUCCUGGCAGUUUUCAAUGUUCUUGCCGUGCUGGGUUUACACUAAAUUCUGCAGGGAAAUGUGAAGGAAAUAAAGUAAAUUGCACUCUUCUGAAUGGGAAAAACUGUUCACAUUUUUGUACCAGUGUAAAUAGUGUUGUGAAAUGCGUGUGCCCAGAUGGAAUGACUGUUACUGGAAAAUACUUGGAGCAAUGCGAGGUAUCACUGUACCCUUAUGGAGUGUCAUAUGGAGAUUCAAGUAGAUCGGACAACUUUAUAGACAAAAUGUAUGGGGAAGUUAAGUUCGGCACUGAUGUUCCAUUUGGUGAUAACACUGUGAAAUCAGCAUAUAUUCAUGGAUCUGGAGCUAUAACGUUUGAUGAAGGAAGUAUUAGCUUGUCUCCUACUCACGAUGCAUCUAAACUAAUCAUAGAAGCUUUUUGGGCCAACAUGAAUCCCUUAAAAGGACAAGUUUAUUACCAUUUGUAUGAGAAAUGCGAACCGUCGAUGUUUUCAGAAAGCGCUCAAACUCUGUCACCAGCUAAGCUAACUGUUAUGGACAGAGCAAGGAGAGAUGUGAUAAACAUUACUUCUUGGGCUGAUUUUGACGUAAAUGUUGUUUUAAUAGCCACAUGGGAACAGCAAGUGUCAAAGACCGAUCAGACGAACAUCCAAAACACCUUUCAAGCUAUAUUUGUCAGUGGGAACCGGAAAGAAUCAAGCAGUGACAACGAUUACUCAGCUGAAGAAACAUCUUUCGUGAUUUAUCUUUAUCCAAAGAAUCAAAUGCGCUGGUGUAAUAAAGAUGUGUUAAUUGGUGUAAGUGCUGGAACGUUUUCAGCAUCUGCAACAGUUGGUGCAGGUUGGCUAAAAGGACCAGAUUUUCAAGAAAGAAAAUCAUUUUCUGUUGGACGCAAGACCAGCACUGUGCAGCAGUGCCAGAGAUACGUGUGUAAAAACAGCCGUCAGAUAACAAACCCAAUUUACCGUCAAGAGAUAGAACAGCUGUACAAAUGUCCGUGUACACUCGACCGUCUUGGCCUACAGUGGGGAUUUUAUGAACAACGUAGUCCGAAUAUUUACUGUUUUUCUAUAAGACUUGUGGCGAAAAGGAGACUGCUUAUGACUAAUCCAAGAAACAAGUUGUGCUGCUAUAGAUGGGAUAAACCAGCGGAUAACAGCAACUGGCAGUUCUGGGCCCAACAACUGGCAGUCGCCACGUUUGUACAUAACUCGCCAGACGCUGGUCAUGUGAUUCCUGGAGAUCCAGAGUGGUUUUUGGAGGGAGUCCGUGAAAACAUCGACGCCCACCAGUGGUGCUGUAAGGACGCCAACAAGGCUAAACUGUGUGAGAGAUUCGACAAGAUCUACCCGGACAUGGAGUGCUCCUAUGAUGUGGAAUUUGUUCCAGGUUAUUUGUUGGGUGAUCCAACUAUUGUGACAUUAGACAACGUCACCUAUUUGAUGAAUGGCUGGGGAGAGUACACGCUAAUGGAUGUUCCUACUGAAAACUUUACUCUUCAGGCUCGAACAGACCGUAUUCAGACCAGUAAAGGCUUGUCUAAUGGCACGGUGUUCACAGCUUUUGCUGCUAUGGAAGGAAAUAAGACGCGAUUUCAAGUGGAGCUUUCAGACUCAAAAAAAUCAAUGGAAAUACUUGUCAAAGGACUGAAUCUUACGGAUGACUUUUAUCGCCAAGUUGACUACAAAUUAUCAUUAGAAGAUAUAGAUGUUUCACGUGAUAACAGCGGCAACACUACCAAAGUUGUUGUCACGUUCCCUUGUGGAGUAUCUAUGAUUGUAAGAGUUGGAGUCCAGAACCUGGAGCUAGAGAUACAGGUGGUGAAAACGUUAAAAAAUAAAACAAGAGGUCUACUUGGAAACUUUAACGGAAAAAUAGACGAUGAGUUUACCUUACCUAAUGGGACUACGUUGUCACCUAAUUUAACAGAAAGUCAGAUUUUCUACAACUUUGCUACUAAAUAUCAAGUCACUGCAAACACAUCAGUGUUCAUAUACAAGCCAGGAAAGACAUUUUCUGACUAUCAGCAUCCAACGUUUGUUCCUGUUUUCUUGGACUCUCAAAAUACCAGCACAAUGACAGCUGCAGUAGCACUGUGUGGUGCAGGGAAAACUUCCUGUAUUUACGACUACUUGAUAACAAAUGACUCUACCUUCGCUUUAAAUACAGACAACACAUUGAAGCAGUCAACUGCAAAGAUUUUACUAUUGGCUAACAAUUGCCCGAAUGUAUCAAUUGUGAAAAACGAAAACUACACAAACAAAAGAUGGAUCGUCCAGCAAGGAGUGGCCAACAUACUACGUAUCAACGCCACAGAUGCUGACAAAGACGUGUUAACCUACACGUUGUAUGAGAGCGUCACAGGAGUGUCAAUCAACCAAAGCGGGUUUUUGUUUUAUACACCAUCUUCAUCAUCACCAGUUAAAAUAGGAUUUCGAGUUAAAGAUUCAAAGAAUUGUUCCACACCUGUUUUCAACAUUCAAACGGCUAUCUGCCCGCAGUGCAGAAAUAAUGGACGCUGCAACAGGGAUGAAAGACAAAACAUUGAGUACUUUGGUGGACAAGUUCAAUUUCUAAAGUGUAAUUGUCAACCCGGGUUUACAGGUGAGAAUUGCGAGUUUGAACUGGACGCCUGUCUUUCAAAACCCUGCUCUAAAGGAAAAACAUGCACAGACCUAACGGCAGCUCAGCAAGGCAACAGUACUGUGGGAUAUGUCUGUGGGCCUUGUCCUAGAGGGUAUGUGGAUGUCGAAGAUCUAUGUGUUGAUGUCGACGAAUGUGAAAACAACAGUACAUGUCAACACACUUGUGAGAACACAGAGGGUUCUUUUGUGUGUGGCUGUAAUACAGGAUACGUUCUCAACAGGACUGACUCCAGGACUUGUUUAGCGAAAAACUGCUCCAACAGAUGCGUUAUGUCAAACACUUGGUAUUGUGAUGAAACUGUCAGCGUGUGUGUGUGUAAAAAUAACAUCCAGACAGCAGAUUGUUCUGUUGUUGUGGACUUAUGUGCCAGUAAUCCAUGUCCAGCGAACCGGAAAUGCAGUAGCGAGACCAAUGGCUACGAAUGUAGAUGCAUGAAUGGGUUACUACCUGUUGAUGGGAUAUGUACAGAUUGCAAUCGAAUCCUGACUGCGUCAUCUGGUAGUUUUAUGAGCACCAACUACCCAGAUAACUACCCUGAUGGAGAAUCUUGCACCUGGACGAUCAAGUCAAAUGACACUAACUCGAUAAUACUUCUCAAUAUCACAGACUAUCAAGUAGAAGGAUGCCCGUACGACUAUUUAGAGAUCUAUGAUGGUCCCAGCAUGGACUCUGACAGUAUAGGACAAUACUGCAAUGAUGAAGUUACCGGCGUUAUCAGUUCUUCCAGUAACUCCCUGUUCCUUUCUUUUACUUCUGAUGAAUCUGUUAAUGAAAAAGGAUUCCUGGCUACCUAUGUUAUUGAGUCCCUGUGUAGAAUAAAACAAUGUUCCCAUGGCUGUAAGCUGGUCUCUGCCAGUCCACGAGUCGAGCAGUGUUUGUGUCCAGAGUGGACAAGACUGGACAGUACACAAACAAUAUGUUUAGAGAUUAAUGCCUGCAACAGUACUGUUACGAACAGCUCUGGAUUGAUAGUUAGCCCUAACUACCCACAGAAUUAUCGUGCCAACGCGACUUGCUAUUGGAGUAUACCGUCAAAACUACAAACCAUCAUAACUCUUAGCUUCUCUGACAUCGAAAUGGAGAGCGGGGUGUCUUGUCCCUACGAUUCACUUAAAAUCUACAACGGGACAUCAUCCAGUUUUCCACUGCUAGGUGCUUACUGUGGCAGCAGUUUACCCAGAUCAAUCAGCUCUACCAACAGUCUGUACCUGGUCUUCACGUCUGAUGCGUCCAUCGGUGGCCGUGGAUUUAAGAUACAGUACAACUACGGGCUUUAGACACAAGGCAAGCUGCUUUAUAGUAUGGUAUAAAAGCCUGUUCAAAGACCCACUUUAAACAUUAUUUCUUUAAAAUGCAAAAUAAUUAUCCAUAUAUAGGCUACUCCAAGGAUUUCAAAAUUAUUAAAAAAAUAUAUAAUUUUUUUUCAAGUUGUGAAAUAAUUUGUAUCUUACUUACCCAUAUUAUUGUCUAAAUAUUAAUCAAAGAUAGUUGAUUAUUCCAGUACACAUAGCCGUAAACAUUAAACUCACAUAUUCUUCUCAGUCCCAUCAUUGAUUAAGACAUGAACCAUUGUAAUCAUUAGCAUGUAAUGAAUCAUUAUCUCAGAGAUUUAUUUCACACGUAGUAUAUUCUACUUGUGAAUGUAUAUAGUUUAUUAUUUUCAUUUUGUCGUCUUAUAUUUCUGAUUACUAGUUUUUGGUAAAUUAUGUAACGUAUAUAACUCCAUAUAAAAGGAAACCAGACAUAUUUAACAUGGCAAAGUAUCGCUUAGUUGAACAAAUAUGAAAAUUGUGUCAUUGUUUUCACAAUGCCAUUGAUGUAUCUUUCAUAAACCAGACAUAAGAAAUGUUUUGUAGGAAUCUUUUAAGAAUCUUAGUAUUAUUAACCAUUUCAUAGUAAGAACUUUUAGGACAUCAGAUGGAGGUUUAUGUAAUUGUAUUAAUAAAACUGUUUGAAAUUAUUAACAAAUAUUACAAUUAUAUAGAAUAUUCGUCUACAGAAGGCGCUCGUAUUUUUAAAGGAAUUUAAAAAAUAAAACACAUUAAAAUACUCAAUGAAAGUUAUCCUUUAAUUUUCGAUUCAAUUCUUUAGAUACUGUUAUAAAUGGAGAUUUUUUCUUUAAAAUCGUUUCAUAGUUACACUGCAUGAAUAGUUAUUACCCACGCUACUUAAAAUAAAAUAAUUGCUAUAUAGAGCUUUAGUUUUUAGCUAAGACUUUUUAAUUUAUACAAGCUAUUA